AUGUCGCUUCAAGGUUCGCCAGAGGCCUGGGCUUAUUACAAAUUACUAGGCGGCCUGGGCCUGGGUCUCAAGUACAGCAGCCCCGCGGCAUAUCUAGCUCUGAAACACGAAAAUGAACUUGACCUUACCGACGUUACUGCUUCUACUUCUGCCGUCAAUACUACUACUACUACUACCACUGCAACUGUGAAAAGUGGUGGUGGUAGUAGUAGUGGCGGUGGCAGUAGUGGUUACGAGAAUAGUAAUAGUGUUCUAGGCAGUCAUGAUAACAGUAGCGGGGUUGAUUCGGCGCCAAUCCAACAACAACAACAACAAAGUUCGAAAACUAAAUGUAAACUUGAGAACGGUCACAAGAGGUCAUUCACAGAGGUCAGGGGCACGAACAACUUUGUGGCUAGCUUCCAUGCUGUACAGUUGAAAGAUUUCAAAAAAUUUGAAAGUAGAAUACAUUACCAGGGAGACCCGAGGUUUUCACUUGUUGGGCCACCCUAUCAAGAUAUUGCAAGAACACGAACGAAAGGAAAAAUUGAUGUAUCCAACGUGACGAAACGCCGAUUGAACAGAACGAAUGAUAAUAAAAAAAAAAACUCAAAUAACAGAAACAAAAUCUAA